CACAUACAUAACUCUGUUUUCCUCAUAACACUUCUGGCGUGGAACCUUGUGUGUCAAGCAUUAACGCUGUAGUUACUCCAUUGUUUUAUUCUCUGUCCGAGAUUGAAGCAAUAAACUCACAAUAAAAGCCCCCUUUCGGACGGCUCCAUGGCUAGCAACAAUCCUUUCGAUUCAGAGGGCAACCAAGAGAACCCUGACGUCACCGUUCGAAACACUUCUAGGGAAGGAUAUUUCUCAGAAAAGGAACCCCCUUCUGGACAAGCGAAGGACACCACCGCCAAGAUACUCUUCCAUUGAUACACCGAUGCCAACAUAUGAUGGGAACAACUUCAGUACAGUUGGUGUUCAUAACGCUGGAGCUCAGCUUCCUCCAAAUGUUGAAAUUUUCCCGCAACAACCACCCAAUCCAGAUUUCUCUUCCCCCACUAAUCAAAUUGGUGGUGUUCCAGGGUGGUAUCCUUUCAUACCAGAUCCUGCUUUUUACCUCCCCCCCGGACUCGAACAUCUAGAUGCAUCGAAUGAGGUCACAAUCACGGGUCAUGGAAGCAAAUACCGCAUUUGGCAGGAUGACUGCCGUAAGAUCUUUUCGGCGAGAGUCGCUCACGAGGGCUGGUGCGGACGGAACAAGAUCGAAGCAAAUAUUCGCAUACUCAACAACGCCAACCUCGACGUCCUUCACCUCACUCGAACUCGAGAUGACAGUGACACAGGAUGCUGUAGACCCAGAAAUGAGCACCUGGAAAUCGCGUUCCCCAGAGGUCCCGUGGUGGGCGUGGUGCAAGGGUCAAAGGCUGAAUACACAGUGCACAACCCUUCGGGAGAUCUUCUGUUUUUACUUGAAAGAGAGCGUGGCGGGUGCUGUGGGGAUGGCGGCUACGAGAUCAUGUCUGCUGACAGAUUUGGGAUCGGUCGCAUUAACGUAGAGAGAUCCUGUUGUGGAUCUUCCAAGACAACGCUGGUUGUCUUUCCAGACAGAACAAAUGCUCUCUUUAAGGGACUGCUACUAUCAGCGGCGCUGUCUAUCAAAGAUUUGCACGGGCUGUAGGAAGUGGAAUCUAAGUAUCUAAGAGACCAUUGUUUAAUAUCUCUUUCACCGUAAUGUAGAUUUUCAUUAAUUUUCUACUAGAUCGUCUGUGAUGUUCAUUAUGCAUGCAAGCUAGAGUACCUCAACUGCUGAAAUAUGAUUGUAAAAUAUGACUGGUGCAGCACUCAGUUUACGUUUGAUAGGUCCGUGAAUUGCUCUUACACUUGUCCUGCUCCAAAUGUCUAACACCGUUUGCCACGACCAAGUAAAAGACUUAGGCUAGCAAAUUUAUGGAUAAAAUCUUGUUUAGAUACCUGAACGUAGUAAUCUUCUGGAAACUUGACUCUCCUCUCCCGAAGAUAGCAACUGGCCAACUAGAAAGAAGGGAGUAUGUACGGGGAAAACGGAAGUAGGGAAUGAAAUCUAAAGUUCAGGAGUAGUGAGAGAGAUACAUGAUUACGAAAAUGAGUUACACAGAGGGAUCAUGUUUUGUUUCAUUCUGAUAACACUCAACGCAGACCUUAAGGCAUUCUGACUGCGACGAGAGAUCAUGGACUUUUCUUGAUAAGAUAAUAUAAAUAGUAUAACAUUAUGGUUCUUAGCUGCAGAGUCAUGCCCACUCUUUUCUAUGAGCACCAUCAUCUCAUUCACG